AUGCCGGUUGAUCAUACUUCACUCGCAGUCCCCCUUUCCAAGGUGGAACUAGAGGUUGCAUUCUUCCUCGCUGCAUAUGCCCAUAUGGGCUUCAAGGAUGCCAUACGUCCGGUGCCGGGUGUGGUAGGCCUUGGGGACGAAACUGGUUGUUUCCUCUGGAUCUCUGGCUUUGACUCGAAGUUCAACCCGAUAUCAGAUGACGCACAUAUCUUCCGGACCCAUCUAGCAUUAUCAGCCAAAGAUCGAACUCAAGUCGACACCUUUUAUGCCGAAGGCCUCAAAGCAGGUGGGAAGGAUAACGGAAAACCAGGCUUGCGGGUGGAGUAUCAUCCUAAUUAUUAUGGCGCAUUCUUGAUCAGUCCUGGCGGACACAACAUUGAGGCUGUGACCCACACCCCACCCCCGAACGCUCAAUGA